GCUACCUUUUAUUCUUUUUUUAGUAUGAUUUGCACAAUUAUACUUCACACAAAACAGUAUUGAAUUUUGGAUUUUUUUUUUUUCCGUUUAGGGGCCUCUAAAAUACUAACGCUAAUUUACUAGGGAUAGAAAAUUAUUGAUUCUUUUAUUAAAUAAACAUGUCUUAGAUUCACACCCUUAAUAGUCAACUUGUCUGAUUAAAUUAAAUUAUCGUCUUUAAUUGGCCAAUAAAAUUUUAAAUAUGCUCCUUUGGAAAUUUACUGCGUCUAUUUAUAUGGUUGUAAAAUUCAUCAAUUUGGUUUGUGAUAUACACAUUUAUUGUUAUGUAUGUAGGGACCUGAAGCAGUGGAUUUUUUUCACAAAAAGAUGGAUGAAGAUACAUCGUUAUCCUGUAAUAGCUCGUCUGCGGAGGAAGAUCUAACUGAAAACGCGGAGAUUCGUCAUGUCGAAAGUGAGGGUGAAAUCAUCCCUCCAAAUUCUGAAGCUUCACUUGAGAUUGGGGAGAAACAAAUCAAUCAACAUGGAGUUGCAUCUUGUCAUAGCCCGUCUCCCUGCAUCUUUAGAACUCCUUACCCUGAAUUACGUUUCCAGACUUAUCCUGAAUUAUAUUUCCAGAAGCCUAAUAUGGUUUCUAUUGGCCCUUAUCACAGGGGUGAAAACCUUCCACUCGAAAAUAACAAGUACUUCUUCCUUGAGAAAUUUAUAUCUCGGACAAGAAACCAAGGCAAAGAUUUACGCUUCUGUGUCCAGUAUAUGAUGACACUGGAACGGUGUACGAGAAGAUGUUACUCCGAGGAUUUGUCAAUGUCCAGUCUCGAUUUCGUUGAAAUGAUGUUAGUUGACGCUUGCUUCAUACUGGAGGUCCUACGCCAUUUUGGUAGGAGUGAAGAAUCUGAAGAUGGGUUUUUCCCCAUUGAGCCAUGGAAGAUCCCCAUUUUGGUUCUAGACUUGCUCAUGUUAGAGAAUCAAAUUCCUUUCUUUGUCUUAGAGAAGUUGUUUGAUUUAUCGGAGAGCGGAGAAGGGACAGCAACACUUUCUGUAACCACUAUGGCCUUGAAUUUUAUCGGUCUAGCCUUCCCUGGAUCCAUGGAUUUCAGCUGCAAGUCCAACCAUUUGGAAGCCAACCAUCUGCUUGACUUGUUUCUUGAGUCUAUCCGCCCAUUAAACAGAUCCACCAUCUCAAAUUCACUCCAUUUGAAAACAAUGGUCAUUCCAAAGUCAGUUCGCUCAUUUCUCAAGAAAAUCAAUCCGAAAAACCAAGCAGGUCUCUCAAAAAUAGGUCAGGAUAUCCUUUUAGAAACCCCUGCGACCGUUCCAAAGCCAAAGGAAUCCGAAUCAUCAAUCUCAAUGGGAGUCAAACCUGAACAACAAUGUGAUCCUGCACCUCCAGUUCACUUAAUGAGAAGUGCAAUGGAACUACGGUCAUCAGGUAUAAAGUUCAGGCGGAGAAGAGCUAAUAGGUUCACAGAUAUCAAUUUCAAGAAUGGAGUACUUGAAAUCCCACCUGUGAUCAUCAAUGACCUCUUUCUCGCAAUGCUUAUUAACUGCAUGGCCUUGGAACAUUGUUCUGCGCAGCGGUCCAAAGAUUUGACUGCUUAUGUCUCAUUCAUGAGUAGUCUCGUUACACAUUCUACCGAUGCAGAGUUGCUAAGUUCAAAUGGAAUUAUCUCAAGAUUUUCCUACGAUGACAAAACAGUGGCAGAGUCUUUCCAUUCGUUAGCGGUAGAAACUUUUAAUCUGGACAUUCAAGAUUCCUAUCUUUCCAAGACAUUGAAGGAAACAGAACGCUACUAUACUAUUUGGAAAGGAAACAUGCGUUGGUGGCGUUGUUUUCGUAGAUAUUUUGGGAUUGCUUUAUUCUGCAUCACAAACUUCAUGUUUGCUUUCAACCGCUUGACAUCGGGCCUUAAUUGGAUGCUCCAUUUAUUAAAAGAAAUUAAAUUUCUAGUGCACAGCCCCCUGGACUUGGGCCUUAAUUUUAUGCUCCAUUUAGUAAAAAAAAUUAAAUUUCUGGGGCACAGCUGCCUGGUCUUGGACCUGAGCGACAUUUUGGUUUUUUGUUUCGUCUAUCUGAUCGUUGUUAUUAUGAUCCUCAUGCGUCCAAAGCAUGGCUCCAACAUUGUUGAUGAUUGCGAAAUUCCUGCUCUUUCAACACUUACAGAUGUCGGACAUUCACUCGAUAUAAGUGAAAAGUCAGUGGACGACAGUACUGGAGUCUCAUGUUCUUAUGAGACAGCAAUGGAUAACGGCAAGGACAUAGAACCAGACCAAGACAAGAGCCAUGAGGUUCUGGAAGCCGAGCAGGUAAACAUUUUAUAGUAACUGCAUAGUAAAUAA